GUGUCCGCACUGGCGCCCCUUUCGAGUUACGAUUGGCCGGUGAGAAGAUGUGACGGAAGCCGUGGAGCCAUAACCUGGAAGUCGUAUUUUGGCGCGCAGAACGGAGCCUGGUUUUACUCCGGAUCGCGGGUUACCAUGCAACGGAGUAUCGCAUCGUUCUUUCAGCCCCGGAGGGGAGAGGGGCAGAUCAACAGAUGUCAGGAAGAUCCCGCAGAAGGGCGACGUCCCGCGUCCCCACUGAAGCCUGGGACCCUCCCGACCGAGAGGGAGGGGUCCGUGUCUCCGGUGAAGCCCCGUGGCCGCAGGGCUGGCAGGGUUCUGGAGAGCGAGGAUGAGGAGGCUGCAAUGAGUGGGAGCGAUGAGGAGGAAGUGCCAGAACCAGCUGACGUCCCCUCGGAUGAAAGGAAGACCUUGGCACCAGAGGCAGGAGAGCCUCCCGGACGUCCAGCUGCCUCUUCGGUCAGCGCCUCUCCCCCACCAGCUUCUGCCGUGCCAGCGGACGACAGCCCGGUAGACGCCGGCCUCACGACUCACCGCGGCUUCCCACGCCGCCGUACAGCCCGCAAGCAGCUACCUAAGCGGAAGCUAGACGUGGGGAGACAGGUUAAUGGUGAUACCGAGAGUCAGGAAGAAGAGGAUAACCCGGCAAAGCGGCAACGUCUGGAAGCAGGUGAAGCAGAUGAUAAGAUUUCUGAGAUGGAGACAGAGGUCGGGGAAGAGACCCAGGGCGACAAGGAGCAAGAUCUUACGCAGAAUAUGGAAACAACAGAGUGUGGGGAGAUGUGUGCAGAAGCCAGGUGUGGUGAAGGUGUCAGGACGGGAGUGGAGCAGCAGGGUGCAGAAGCAGAACCCGCAGCCUCAGGCAGGUCGAAGGAAGCAAGCACAACGCCAGAGGGGUCCGCGAGCAGCGGGUCAAAUAUAAAAGGCCAUGAAAAGGAGGGGAAAAGCAAACAUUUGAUCAACAACUUCUUCGCUCCCAGAAAAGUCUGUUCCAAAGCGCAGACAGAGUCAAAGAAAGACUUAUCAGAGAGUGGUAACACGGACGACAAGCCCCUCCAAAGCUCCAAAAAGACAAGCACCAGCAGUUUCUUCUCAAAAUCCAAAGAGAGCACGGAGCCCAAUGUAUCACAGAUGUACAAUCCAGGAAAAUCCCACUACCAUCCCAUUACAGAUGCCUGCUGGAGUCAGGGACAGAGGGUUCCGUAUCUGGCUGUAGCGCAAACCUUUGAGAAGAUCGAGGCAGAGACGGCUCGGCUGAAGAACAUCGAGAUGUUGAGUAACCUGCUGCGAUCAGUGAUUGCACUGACCCCUGAUGACCUGCUCUCCUGUGUCUACCUGUGUCUGAACCAGCUGGGACCUGCCUACGAGGGACUGGAGCUGGGGGUGGGAGACACCAUCCUGAUGAAAGCAGUGGCCCAGGCCACAGGUCGCCAGCUGGAGCGGGUGAAACAGGAGGCGCAGGAGAAGGGGGACUUGGGGCUGGUGGCAGAGAGCAGCCGCAGUACCCAGAGAACCAUGUUCGCCCCAGCACCCCUCACCAUCCACACGGUCUGCAGCCGGCUAAGGGACAUUGCCCAUAUGGGGGGCACUGCUUCGAUGCAGAAGAAGAUCGAGGUGAUCAAGGGUUUGCUGGUAGCCUGUCGUCACUCGGAGGCUCGAUACCUGAUCCGGUCUCUUGGAGGGAAGCUCCGUAUCGGUCUGGCAGAACAGUCGGUGGUGGCGGCCCUUGCCCAGGCCGUGUGCCUGACCCCUCCCGGGCAGGACGUGUUGGACGCUGGGAGGGGAAUGGCAGCGGAGAGCCGCAAUGCCUGGAUCGAGGAGAAGACCCUCCUGCUCAAGCAGACCUACUGUGAGCUGCCGAACUACGACCUGAUCAUCCCGGUUCUACUGAAGGAGGGAAUUGACCAGUUACCCCAGCAUUGCCGUCUCACACCAGGCAUCCCCCUGAAGCCCAUGUUGGCUCACCCCACCCGGGGCAUUGCUGAGGUUCUGCGGCGUUUCGACACGGCCCCCUUCGUCUGUGAGUACAAGUACGACGGAGAGCGAGCGCAGAUUCACCUGCUGGAGUCGGGGGAGAUCCGAAUCUACAGCCGAAACCAGGAGAACAACACGAGUAAAUACCCGGAUAUCAUCAACCGUAUGGAGCAGGUGAGGAAACCCGAGGUCCGCUCCUGUGUUCUCGACACUGAGGCUGUUGCCUGGGACCGUCACAGGAAGCAGAUCCAACCCUUCCAAGUGCUAACCACACGCAAGCGGAAGGACGUUGACGCUGCCAACAUUACUGUCCAGGUCUGUGUUUAUGCCUUCGAUCUGCUCUACCUGAACGGAGAGUCGCUGGUGAAGGAGCCAUAUUCGAGGCGGCGGGAGCUGCUGAGAACCUCAUUCAAGGAGGUGGAGGGCGAGUUUGUCUUUGCUCAGUCCCUGGUCUCCAGUGACACCGAAGACAUCGCAGAGUUUCUUGAGCACUCACUACGAGAUUCAUGCGAGGGGUUGAUGGUGAAGACGCUGGACGUAGACGCCACCUACGAGAUCGCCAAGCGCUCCCACAAUUGGCUAAAGCUGAAGAAGGAUUACCUGGAUGGUGUGGGAGACUCUCUGGACCUGGUGGUGAUCGGUGGUUUUCACGGCCGAGGGAAGCGGACAGGGGUCUAUGGCGGCUUCCUCCUCGCCUGCUACCAUGAGGAAGACGAGGAGUUCCAGACCAUCUGUAAGAUCGGCACGGGGUUCUCGGACGAGGAGCUUGAACAGCACGCCAAGUUUUUCAGGGACCACGUGAUCAAAACGCCGCGGCCCUAUUUCCGAUGGGACGCAUCGGUGGAGCCUGAUGUCUGGUUUGAUCCGGUGCAGCUGUGGGAAGUGAAGUGUGCAGAUCUGUCAAUCUCUCCUGUCUACAGAGCAGCCCUGGGGAUGGUGGAUGAGGAGAAAGGCAUUUCACUGCGAUUCCCCCGCUUCCUGAGGAUUAGGGAGGACAAGAAACCAGAGGAGGCAACCACCAGCAGCCAGGUUGCUGAACUCUACCGGAAACAGCAGCAGAUUCAAAAUCAGCAGGUGUCCGAUGAGAUGGGUGGCGGGGCCAACGAUUCUGACUGAAGAGACAAGGAGGGGAGUGACAAUGAUUGAGACUGACAAGGUGGGCAGUGAGGACUUGUUGUUUCCCAGGACUCCAGGAGACACCAUCCACCUGAGACGGACGGUGGGAGCCCUGCUGUGUAUUCAGUGUCUGCCUCUGCCCACUGCCCUGCACCCGUGCCGAAAUAAAACACAAUGAUUGUACACAU